GUGCCCCGGAGCGGCGGCUCUGAGGGGCGCGGACCUCCCUGCGAGGGCACCUCGGACGUCACCAUGCAGCGCCCGGGUCCCUGCCUGUGGCUGGUGCUGCAGGUGAUGGGUUCGUGCGCCGCCAUCAGCUCCAUGGACAUGGAGCGACCUGGUGACGGCAAGUGCCAGCCUAUAGAGAUCCCGAUGUGCAAGGACAUUGGCUACAACAUGACCCGCAUGCCCAACCUGAUGGGCCAUGAAAACCAGCGCGAGGCCGCCAUCCAGCUGCACGAGUUUGCGCCGCUGGUGGAGUACGGCUGCCAUGGCCACCUCCGCUUCUUCCUGUGCUCGCUGUACGCUCCGAUGUGCACCGAGCAGGUCUCCACGCCCAUCCCUGCCUGCCGGGUCAUGUGCGAGCAGGCCCGGCUCAAGUGCUCGCCCAUCAUGGAGCAGUUCAACUUCAAGUGGCCCGACUCCCUGGACUGCAGUAAGCUCCCCAACAAGAAUGACCCCAACUACCUGUGCAUGGAGGCGCCCAACAACGGCUCAGAGGAGCCCAGCCGGGGCUCAGGCAUGUUCCCGCCGCUCUUCAGGCCACAGCGGCCCCACAGCGCGCAGGAGCACCACCUGAAAGACGGGAGCUCUGGGCGCGCCGGCUGCGACAACCCCGGCAAGUUCCAUCACGUGGAGAAGAGCGCGUCGUGCGCGCCGCUCUGCACGCCAGGCGUGGACGUGUACUGGAGCCGCGCCGACAAGCGCUUCGCGGUGGUCUGGCUGGCCGUCUGGUCCGUGCUGUGCUUCUUCUCCAGUGCCUUCACCGUGCUCACCUUCCUCAUCGACCCGGCCCGCUUCCGGUACCCCGAGCGCCCCAUCAUCUUCCUCUCCAUGUGCUACUGCGUCUACUCCGUGGGCUACAUCAUCCGCCUCUUUGCAGGCGCGGAGAGCAUCGCCUGCGACCGGGACAGCGGUCAGCUCUACGUGAUUCAGGAGGGACUGGAGAGCACCGGCUGCACCCUCGUCUUCCUGGUGCUGUACUACUUCGGCAUGGCCAGCUCGCUGUGGUGGGUGGUCCUGACGCUCACCUGGUUCCUGGCAGCUGGCAAGAAGUGGGGACACGAGGCCAUUGAGGCCCACAGCAGCUACUUCCACCUGGCGGCCUGGGCCAUCCCCGCGGUGAAGACCAUCCUGAUCCUGGUGAUGCGCAGGGUGGCGGGGGACGAGCUCACGGGGGUGUGCUACGUGGGCAGCAUGGAUGUCAACGCCCUCACGGGCUUUGUGCUGGUCCCCCUGGCUUGCUACCUCAUCAUCGGCACUUCCUUCAUCCUCUCGGGCUUCGUGGCUUUGUUCCACAUCCGGAGGGUGAUGAAGACAGGCGGGGAGAACACAGACAAGCUGGAGAAGCUCAUGGUGCGCAUCGGCGUCUUCUCUGUGCUCUACACCGUGCCGGCCACCUGUGUGAUCGCCUGUUACUUAUACGAGCGCCUCAACAUGGACUACUGGAAGAUGCUGGCCUCGCAGCACAAGUGCAGGGUCAACAACCAGACCAAGGCGCUGGACUGCCUGAUGGCCGCCUCCAUCCCAGCGGUAGAGAUCUUCAUGGUGAAGGUCUCCAUGCUGCUGGUGGUGGGCAUCACCAGUGGUGUGUGGAUCUGGACUUCCAAGACCCUGCAGUCUUGGCAGCAGGUCUGCAGCCGCAGGUUAAAGAAGAAAAGCCGCCGGAAACCCGCCAGCGUCAUUGCCAGUGCUGGGAUUUACAAAAAAGCGCAGCACCCCCAGAAACCUCAUCUUGGGAAAUACGAGAUCCAGGCCCAGCCUCCUGCCUGUGUGUGAAGGGCUGGGAGGGAAGGACCUGGCGGGCAGGCGGGCAGGCAGGCAGGGCCCAAACAGAGUGCAGUUCCUGGCUUUGGC